UAUCCUCCGUCUGUUGUGUUUGUUUUUUUUUUUUUUUUCCUUUUUUUCCCCCCUGAACGUUUCCAAAAGUUGACAUCUGCAAGUAUGCAGUCGGAAUCGGGAAUAGUUCCCGACUUCGAGGUUGAAGAGGAUUUUCAAGAGGAGCCUAAAACGUAUUACGAAUUGAAGAGUCAGCCGCUGAAAAACAGCAGCCCGUCGGACCAGCACAGCUCAUCCAAGCCCCCGCUGAGCUCCUCCACCAUGACAUCACGCAUCCUGCUGCGGCAACAGCUGAUGCGGGAGCAGCUUCAGGAGCAGGAGCGGCGGGAGCAGCAGAGGCAGCAGGCCUCCCAGUACCCACAAACCACAGCGGCCCAGACCCCUGCCAUCAAUGUCAGUUUACCGCCCGCUGCACAGGUACCAAUGGAGGUGCUGAAGGUCCAGACUCACUUGGAGAACCCCACUAAGUACCACAUCCAGCGCUCCCAGCAGCAGCAGGUGAAGCGGUACCUGGGAAAGCUUGGUUCUCAGGCGUUGAGCUUGCCCUGCCCCAACCAGUCCUCUGACCACGGGGGCAUGCCGCCAGGGCCGGGCAACAGCGCCCCCAACAGCCCUAUGGCCUUACUGACCCUCAACUCCAACUGCGAGAAAGAGAUGGAUGAUGUCAUUGAUGACAUUAUUAGUCUGGAGUCCAGUUACAGUGACGAUAUCCUCGGCCUGAUGGACCCAGGACUUCAGAUGGCAAACACGAUCCCAGUUCCUGCUAACCUCAUGGACAUGUACGGUAACCAGGGUAUGUCCCAGCAAGGUCUUCCCAUCAGCAACUCCUGCCCUGCCAACCUGCCCAACAUCAAAAGGGAAUACUCUGUUUCACAAUCCCCGGCCAUCAUGCAUAUGCUGGAUAAGUCUGGAUCUUGUGGCAAAUUUGACAACUAUCAAAGGCCUGAAGGGUUCCCUGUGGAAGCUGAGGUAAGAGCGAUGGCAAAGGAGAGGCAGAAAAAAGACAACCAUAAUCUGAUUGAGAGAAGACGGCGGUUUAACAUCAAUGAUCGAAUUAAGGAAUUGGGAACUUUAAUUCCAAAAUCCAAUGACCCCGACAUGCGCUGGAACAAAGGCACCAUCCUGAAGGCAUCAGUGGACUACAUCAGGAAGCUGCAGCGAGAGCAGCAGAGGGCCAAGGAGCUGGAGAGCCGUCAGAAGAAGCUUGAGCACGCCAACCGACAUCUGAUGUUGAGAAUACAGGAAUUAGAGAUGCAGGCUCGGGCUCACGGUCUGGCCAUCGCAUCUUCGGCGCUCUGCUCCGCCGAACUCGGGGCCCGGGCCAUCAAGCAGGAACCGUCUCUGGAGGACUGUCACCAGGACCUGUACACACUCCACCCCCAUCACCAACACCACCCCGCCUGCACUCCCGAACCGCCCGGCGCCCUGGAGCUGAGCGAAGGCCACUCCAACUUCCCCGAGGGCCACUACAGCGUCCACAGCAAGCCGGGUUCCAAACUCAACGACAUCCUCAUGGAAGACACCUUAUCACCGGUGAGAGGGGGGGACCCUUUGCUCUCAUCCGUCUCCCCAGACACCUCAAAGGACAGCAGUCGCAAGAGCAGCGUGAGCAUGGAUGAGAACGAGCCGGGCUGUUAGCACCCCCUGCUGGAGGAGACAUCGCCUGCAUCUUCAACCCUGCUACAAGUGUUCCCUGUCGGCGGCUAACACACUGCUCGAGAGGCUUUUUCUUCCGUUCGUGGUCAUUUGUGUACUUUUUUUUUUCUUUCUCCCCCGCCUGUGUUUACAUGUAUUGAAUCUUUUCCAUUCAUGUUUUUUUUUUCUUUUCUUCCUCUUUUGUUUAUGUCAUUUGAAGCUCUCAACCUUGAUUUCAAGGACUUGAUUUUAAAGUGUCUGCUUUAAUCAAUAUUUUGAUGACAAUGAGUUACAAAAAAAUAGAAGUUUUUAUAUUUAAAAAAAUAUAUAGAUGCAUUUAUCUUUGGAUAGAGGCUAGAUUAUGUGUUUUUCUAUUGAUUCCAAAGAAUCUAGGGAAAUUAUAAAUCAUGGUCAGAAAUGUAGAUAUUUUGUGGUGAGAUGAACACUGCUUUUUAAAUCACUGGCAAUAAUAGAAGAAGAAAAAAUCUAUUUAUUACUAUAGUGCUUUACACUCUUUGUGUCUUAGAUUGAACUUGAAUGUGCCAAUGCCUUAUUAAGAUGUCUAUACAUCGUUGUUGUAUUGCUAUGCACAUGUUUUGGCUGUUAGCUGAGUCUUUGUCAGUCUUCCAGUUGAAAUUUCUCGCUUGACAAAUAUUAAUCAUUUGUAGAUUUGAUCUUAUUUAUGUACCUAUGUAAACAGGACUUUAUUUACACAUUCCCCUUAAAAAAUAAUUUAUAACAAGGCAUUUAUAAAAAGCCUAAGAUGAUAAAUUAAAGCACAUUAAAAAAAAAAAUUGAAAAGCCUAAUAUGUCUCCUGGACGAAAUGAACAAACUUACCACCGAUAAUGAUUAACAGUAGCCUUUUAUUCAGUGUCAUAAUGAGAAACAAUCCAAUAACACGACAGAAAGGUCAAGUUUCACCACGCGUCCUUUAACAUACAGUGCUGUUUGAUCCAGCAGUGUGUACCAGAUAUAAUACCAGUACAUUCCUCACUGCCAAACCCACUAAAAUAUUAAAUUAAACAAAAGGAAUAGAAUCUCAAAAUUAAAAAAAAAAGGCUGUUGAAGGUUCUAAAAGAAUCUCACUUGAUAGAUCUGAACAUUUUUACAUACAUCUAUAAAUAUUUUUUGUUUAAUCUAAAAAAGAUGAAUCAAUUAAGUUUUAUUGUAUACUUUGUAGUGAUCAGACAGACGACUGGUAAAACUACGACUCUUUCAGCACACGCUGUGUACUUUAAUACGACAGGCGUGUUGAUCUCGGUUUUUAUAACAGUCCAUCAAUUUCCUAAAUUAUUGUUUUUUGUUUUUUUAUACCACUUCAUUUCACAUUCAGGAUUUUUUUUUUCCACUAUGUGAACAUUUAUAUUGCCAAGGACUAUAAGGAGACUGCUUUGGGAUUUUGUAUGAAAUGCAUGACAUUGUCAAAACACUGGAAUGACCUCUGUAAAUUGAAAUAUGGUUUGUCCGCCUUUUUUUUUUUUUUUUUUUAUCUAAGCAUAAACUAACUAUUGUACUUGGCUCGUCAGAUGCAUACAGAAUAUUGUAUGAGACUGUAGAUUCUUUACGGUGUACGGUUGUAUAUUUCCGCAGUUUGUUUAGAAGCUAGUCGUAGCAUGUUGCAUAAGUAUGCCUUCGUUGAUUACUACCUGCCAUACACUGAGAGCCCUGUUACAGCACAGCCUCCAUUUUGUCAAACUAUGCAAUGGUUGACGUUGUGCCUGUAAAGCAGCAUCAUGUCUUGAAAAUGUGAUCUCUUUAUGAAUUAGUCUGAGACGGUGUUGAAGUAAUUGUCUUUUCAUUUAAGUGCCUUAAAGUGGUUUCUGUUACCCUGGUGA